AUGACCUUCCGCUGGGUUUUGUUCCUGCUGGGGACUAUAGCCGCAGCAACCACAAGCUCUAGCAGCGACUAUGACUAUAUCAUAGUCGGCGGCGGUACAGCCGGACUAACAGUCGCCAACCGACUCUCAGAAGACCCUUCAGUCUCAAUUCUAGUCAUCGAACCUGGUCAAGCUGAAUUCGACAACCCCGACGUCACGGACAUCUCGCGUCUCGCAUAUACAUACGGCAGCCCAAUCGACUGGGCCUUCGAGACCACCGAGCAGUCCUUCGGGGGUCGACGCCAGAUAAUGCGCGCCGGGAAAGCUCUAGGCGGGACAAGCGUUAUGAAUGGAGCCGCAUAUGUCCGCGCAGAAAACAUCCAGCUUGACGCUCUGGUGGACUUCAAUAUCGCCGAUUGGACGUGGGAAUCUCUCUUUCCUUACUAUAUCAAGAGUGAGGGCUUGCGCACGCCGAACGAGACUCAGGUCGAUGCGGGUGCGCCUGUAAUCCCUUCCUACCAUGGCCGUGACGGGCCUGUGCAGGUUGGGUUUAUGGAUAUGCGCAAGCAGGACAAUGAUCUCCCGUCGGUUCUUAACCGUACGCUGGCGUCCAUGGGUGUCCCGUGGAAUCGGGACUUGAAUUCGGGUGUUAUGCGUGGGUUCUCGAUGCAUCCGUAUACAGUCGAUGGGCGGAAUGUGCGUAGUGAUGCUGCGACGGCGUAUUAUCUGCCUGCGGAGAAGAGGGAGAAUCUAGACGUUAUGUUCAAUGCAUCUGUUGGGAGGAUCGUAUGGGGUGAGCGAGUCGGGCAGGAAAGAGGCCUGGUUGCGAGGGGUGUAGAGGUUUAUAGGCCAGAUAAAGAUGGAAGAAAGCAAGUGGUGAAUGCGCGGAAAGAGGUCAUUCUAGCCGCUGGCGCUAUGAAGUCGUCUUCUAUUCUGGAACUGUCUGGCGUUGGAAAUCCAAGAAUCCUCCAAAAACACGGAAUCCCCGUCCAGAUCAACCUGCCCAGCGUGGGCGAGAAUCUACAGGACCAACUAAACACCUCAUUUGUUCUCACCACCAAAGUCCCCAUAACAGGAACCCGAACAGUCGCCUUCGUCUCAGCACGCGAUCUCUUCGGCUCCUCGACAGAAUCCGUCGCGGCCUCCAUCCACGCCCAAAUCCCAGAAUACGCCGAAGCCACCGCAAACGAAACAAACGGAGCAAUGACGAAGGAGAGCUUACAGCAGCUCUUCGAAAGCCAGCACGAUCUGAUGUUCAACAAGGGCAUUCCCGUUGGGGAGUUCGUCUUUAUCCUGGAUGGCCCGAGUCAACUCCACGUAGGAUACUGGGGUCUUCUCCCCUUUUCAAGGGGCAGUGUGCAUAUCUCCUCAAAGGAUCCAUUGGAAUCACCGACGGUUAAUCCGAACUACGGCAUGCUAGGCUGGGACAUUCAGGUCCAGAUCGCGAUGUCGAAGUUCCUGCGCAGGAUGUUCCAGACUGGUGAUCUGGGCCAGCUGAUCGAUACCGAGAAAAUACCUGGGCUGGAUCAUAUCCCAGAUGAAGCAUCAGAUGAGACGUGGAUGGAGUGGAUAGGACAGCAGUAUACCCCGAAUUACCACGCCAUUGGAACCACGUCUAUGCUGCCCCGAGAGAUGGGAGGGGUGCUGGAUGCUCGCUUAAAGGUCUAUGGGACUCGCAAUGUGCGCGUUGUUGACUCUUCUGUCUUUCCUGUUCAGCUUUGUGGUCAUCCCACGGCCAAUAUCUACGCGGUGGGCGAGUGGGUUGCUGAUGCUAUCAAGGAGGAUAGGCGAAAGACGUAA